ACGACACAUUUAUAUAUUUACGCGAUCUAACCCAAAAAAACCUCUCUUACGGAUAUCACAUUUGGUGUAAAUUGACAACCAUCUCCCAAAAGUGUUGCUUGCGACGAAUUUUGUUGAAUCGGCACUUUCAUGUUGACAAAGCAACACAAUAAAGUUGUUCAUGGAGAGAAACAGGUUUGUUGAGAUAAGGUGCAACAUACUUUAACGGUUGUCCUUGUGACUUAAUGACAGUGAUAGCAAAUGCAGGAAUGAUAACUAAAUCGGUUAUUAUUUAUUAUUGUUCUUUAAUGGCGUGCAAAACGACAAAAAAUAAUACAAAAACAGGGGCGCACUUAGCUUUUAUCAAAUGCAGCGCUGGCAUGUUUUGUGGAUGAAAUCGAUUAUUCUUGGAACAAACUACUAAGUAGUUACAAUUUUAAUAAUAACCCUUUCAUGAAAAACAAAAAUAAAUAUUUUGCAUUGCAUGACAACCCCACGUAGCCGACCCAUCGUUACACCCAGCGUGCAGAGUGCCAGGCGUUAGGCACAGAUCACCAAAACUAUUUGUAUAAUACACACCAUGCACGCAUGCAGAUGUGGCUGCUUUGGCUAAAUCUGCCCCUAUCGCAUAGUGACUUAUAAGAAGCUCACUUUCGUCAUGAAAGGUUCCAUGACUCGUGAAUUUUAUACUGUGGUCUGCGGGUUGCUGCACACAUUUCUGCUUUCCUUGCUGUUUCAAUGUAACCUCGUCACUGGUUCCUCCCGGUCAUAUAAGUCCUCCUUCAUGACCCGCACCUUUUGAGGGCAUUGUUUCGACUUGUGCGACACCGCUUCCAAAACGCUACAUCAGUGGUAGAUAGACUUUUUUUGUUUUAAAGUACCUCUUCAUUUUCAUAUUUAACUGUGAGCUGUAUUUAAAUAUAGAAGGCGUGAAAACUAAACAAUACCUCAAUACAUGCAUGCACGUCAACUGCCAGGUAUAGGUAAUGAAAACAGCAAAUCGUUGCAUGAUAGUGUUAUUUAUCGAGAGCUCGCAGUAAAUCGCAAAAUUUUGCCGGACGAGUGGAGAUGGGCCAUCAGAUGAUGCUCGAGGCCGUGCAGUCGGCAAGACUCUGCAAGCUGCUGGAAUCGUGGACAGGCGAGGAGUCUUUGCUGCAGCCGCUGUGGGACGUUCUGCGCCUGAACUACGGGCACACGCUGCGUUCGUCCAUCUUCCCCGCCGUCCUGUCCGUGACGGCUUACUACGUGUUCUGCCUGCUCUUCACCGCCGUGGGCCUUGUGACUCGCCGGCUGGCUCCUCACUUGCGCCACUACAAGAUUCAAGCGAGCAAAGAGGAACCGAGCCUGAGGGCCGUCUGCGACUGCGUGGCGCUCACGAUCUACAACAAUGUCGUGUUCGUCUUCCCAGCCACGGUGGCUCAGUGGUAUUGGCGGCCGGCCAUCGACCUGCCAGAGAAGGCACCCAGCCUCUUUGAGCUUUGCCACGGCGUUCUGGCCUGCCUGCUGCUGUUCGACUUUCAGUACUUUGCCUGGCACCUACUGCACCACCGCGUGCGCUGGCUGUACAGGACUUUCCAUGCUGUGCACCAUGAGUGUACCGUGCCCUUUGCGUGGAGCACGCAGUACAUGGGCGGCUGGGAGCUCAUAAGCGUGGGCAUCUGGACCACCAUCGAUCCCAUCGUGCUACACUGCCACCUUCUCACCACGUGGACGUUCAUGCUGCUCAAUGUCUACCUCUCCAUCGAGGAUCAUUCGGGGUACGACCUGCCCUGGGGGCUUCAUCAUCUGCUGCCCAGAGGCCUCUACGGAGGGGCACCGCACCACGACCUUCACCACCAGAAGCCGACGAAAAACUUCGCGCCUUACUUCUGCCACUGGGACAAGAUCUUUGGGACGUCCGUGGAAGUCAAACCAAUGGACAAGUCUCCGCAAGGGUCACGCUGAUGCUACGAACGCAGAGAUGAGUGCCUGUGCGUGGCACAAAUUCGUCUCGCCCUCGGCUACAGCCCUACACUGUUGGUGGGCCGCAACGCAAUCCACCUCACUACCUUGCAAGAGCGAAGUUCCAUCAGCAAAUGACGCUAGCUGGGAUGCGUUUCAGUUACCAGGAUUUGUUCUCUUCUUUCGUGGCAAAACGCGACGAAAGCCACGUGCAGCGAUGUCUUAUUUUAAACGCUAAAAAGGGGAGUAAAUUGUCCCUUAAUAUAUGUGACAAGAAGUUAUCAUGCUUGAGCUGUCCGUCACGCUGGCUGCUCGAAGUCAGUGUUCUCAUCAAGUGGCAGAGACGGUAACUUUUUGAAGCUGAAUUUGCAAUGGAAAUAAUAAUAAAAAUGUGAGCAAUGAUUGUAUAUCUUUACAACGGAAUUGCCGUCGCAAAUAUGGUCUCUAUCACAAGUAAAUGUUAGUUAUAAAUGGACAUAUUUUUAUCCUUCAUAUAUGUAUGUUGAAUUUCGUUCGCACCGUACGUAACCAACCGUCCUAAUCGGGGGUGUGAGCGUAAGGACCACAAACUAAAUACAAAAAAGCAGUUCCAUGGAAAUUCGUUUUCAAUCUCGAAUUAAAAGUGCAUAGCUGAUGCUAGUCUAUUAGAAAGCAGGUUGCACUUGGUAGUGGAAUAAAGUGUGGGUAUGCCCAUCUCUAGAGUCACCUGAAAGCAAGUGCAAGAACUGCAUUAUUUAUAUUUUAUUGUUAACACAGGCGCUCGUACUUACAAGUUUAGCGACUGCAUUGAUGCUCCUAAUUUGUUUUAAACUUUAGUCCGUGCCAUCGUUUAUCUCACAUUUUAGAUUUUAAUUUCCCAAUGAAUUGACAGGCGGGGGCCGAGUUUGAUGUGGAAUUCACAUGUCGAUGCCUGCUUCUCCUGUCAAACGAAAUUUUACAGAGGAAGUUGGGACAGUGGGUGGUUCAUAAUCAACUCGUAUAGAUCGAUUAUUUAUUUAUUUGGACAUUACAUGACAACCAAAAUCAAACAUUGUAAUAAUACUCUGUCAUGUAAUGAGCCCAAGUUUGAACAUAUUUGGUUUUAUUAUGCAAAGUCUCAGAAUUACUGGGUUGGAAUGUCAUCUACAUUGAAACAAUUAUUCGUAUUUCCAUUAGGCACUUGGGUUGGACCGGUAGGUCGCAUAGCGGUUAGUGACAUCGGUGGUGAUUACUGAAACGGCCCUGGACCAGCUGUUCGCUAAACCACUACCAGCGUGGUGUUGUAUAGUCAAACAGCCUCCACGACUGACACGGUGUGGGGAAGCCUUCACCCAGCAGUAGAUUGACAAAGGGCUGUAAAUUAUUAUUUGUAGAUACUUGGUGCCUGAUUGAAAUAUCGCAACGUAUUUUAACGAAAUAUUUUUUUUUUACAAUCAACGGUAGUGUGAAAAUUAUUUUUUAUAAUGAAUAUGCAGUAGUAGAUUGUAGACUGAUAUCAUUUUGCCAAUCUGGCCUCAGAUGUAAUAUGCAUGUGAACACUCAUUAAUAAGUCGAUAACACCUUAAUAUAAAAAGGACCGCAGACCUUUUUAACGAUUAAACUAUAAAGAAUAUGUACCAGGUAAAGCCUACUUAGAAAUAUAGCUCUUUUUCAUAAGCGACCUGGCCACAAAGGAUAGCUCAGCAAAGUGGCUUAUCAUGUGGACAUUUAUAGCAGCCAAACA